AUGAAAAAGAUUUAUAAUCCACGAUAUCCAAUACGAGCCCUUGAAUUGUAUUGUAAGAAAGCUAAUGCAAAAACAUUAAGGAAGCUAGCCUUAUCAAUUGGUGCUAAACAGGGAAACUGUAAAACACAGUGUACAAAGCUAAUAUUAAGGCAGGGAGGAAUUCUUGAACGAUUAAGAAAUAUUAAGGAAAGAAAAGGCUCUGUUUCAAUCAUUGCGAUUGAUACCGGUAUUUCCAAUUUUAGCUUCACCAAAUUUGAAUUAGAACACAAACGACCAACAUAUAGUGAUAGAGGCUUAAUUAAUAUCAAUUAUAACCCUCAAAAUGCAAUAGAAUAUGAUAGAACAGCUGAGGAAUUACCUUUGCUAUUGGAAUGGAAAAAGUUUCAUAUAGCUCAAGCCUUCGGUGGUAUCAUGGAUAAACAUUUCUCACCCACACCAGAAAUAAUGUCUCAGUUAGCGUAUAAUAUUACAGAGUAUAUUAAAAAUGAAAUAAAAGGAGCCGAUCUCUAUAUCCUUGAAAGACAACGACUUCGUACUAUGUCAUCUAAAUCGGUUUUAGAACCUGUGAUUAAAUCUAAUAUUUUGGAACAUAUUAUAUAUUCAAAUUUAAAAAAUAAACCAUUUUCGACACAAGAUCUCUGGAAGUGUAAUUUAGAAAUAGAAAAUCAUCAUGACGAUGAAUCACAUGUAAUCUCAUCAGAUCCUCAACGAAUGGUUUCCUAUUGGUGUGAUUAUACAUAUUUAGCACCAUUAAAGAACGUUGUAAACUCUGUCAAAUCAAGUGUAGACAUGGCUUCAAUAAUUCCACCUAAAAAUAUUAAAGUUUCUAACCCUAAAGUUUCUAAAACUAUUAGAAUAGAGCUAGUAAAACGUAUAUUACAAACCGCUAUGAAAGCUAAGUCAUUAGGGAAAAUAGGAAAUGACUCAUUGAGUGAGACGGAAAGACGAUGUAAUCCGUUGUUAGUUCAAUUAAAUGACGAGUGGUAUAAUAGAAUCCAACCCGUUAUUAAGGAGAAUAAAAAAUAUAAAUUAUACGAUUGCAUUAAAAUUGACAGACCUGCAGGAGUUAGAAAGGAUGAUGAUCUUGCAGAUUCUUUUUUACACGGAUUAGCUUGGAUGCAAUGGCUGAAGACGUAUGAAGAGGUUCAAGAUAUUAUAUACCGAGAUCUUGGAAGGUAUGAUCAAACUAUUCUAGCAGAUUUCAAUUCUUACGUUAAGAUGAAAACAAUAAAUAUGACCCAAUAUCAAAAGGGAACUCUAAUUGGAGUGGAUAGUUUUGAAAACGAACCAUCAAUAAAAGAGCUCCAAGAAGAAGAAGAUUUAAUCAAUAAAUUGAAAAAACUUCAAUUCACCUAUUGA